AUGAUAGCAAGUAAUGUAGUUAUAAAUAGUGUUAGUUAUGUUAGAGUUCAAUGGUAUUCUGUGAUUGCAAGAUUAAAUAUCAGCUCAGAAUGUCAUGUAACUACAAUCACUCUAAGCGGUCCUGGCACAAAUACAGCGUCUCUCAUCUAUGGUGAUGCGCUCAAUGGAGUUUAUGAAUAUGAAGUUUCUCCUGUCAUUGUUUAUAAUGACUAUACUCUUGCCGUCGAUGAUGCUUGCUCCAAGCAAUAUUAUUUCUCAAGUGCUCUAUUAUUCAACCCAAUAGUCGGAAGAGGAUUACUUGCUAAAGUUCCAACUGAAACUUUUGACAUUACUAAUAUUACAUAUUUCAAGAUAUCAAGUAAUCAAUUUGAUUUAAGCGGGGGUGGUGACGUAAAUGGAACUAUCUAUUUCAAUUUGACUAGCCAUCUCAGAUAUUUGGAGCCAAUAUUCAUAAAUUCAUAUUUUUCAUUAAGAUAUACAGGAAGUUAUAAUUCAAGCUUGGGAUUAUAUGUCCUCCCAUUUACUAUACCCCAAGGAAUGAUACAAGGAAAAAUGUUUUAUCAAUUAAAUUUCCCAAUAUUCAGUGUAGAUUCACCAACAUUGGAGUCAUAUUUCGGUGAAAGUAUUGCAGCAAUAACUAUUGUCAAUUCAGCUUCUGAUUUCAUGCCUCCCAUUCUCGAGGAAGUUCAUGCAAUUCCAGGUAAUAGUUUUAUAAUAAACAAUCCAGGUGUGGAGAUGAUUGGUUGGAAUAUAAGAAUCACCGAUUUUCCAAAUGGCUUUUCCUAUGGAUCUUUGAAUGUAAUUACAGAUCUUGACGUUUUACCAAUUACAAUUAAUUUCAAUUCAUCUUCAUUGAUCUUUGGAGAUCAAUUUGAUGGUAUCUAUGAAAUUAGAUUCCCAGUCAAUGGAACCUGUCGUACUCAAGCAUAUUCAAUGACAAAUGUUGUACUUUAUGAUAAGCAAGCAUAUCGCAAUCCAGCUUUAGUCUCAAUGAACCCACUGACAUCAAUCUAUGGAACUCAAUUGGAAUCACAACUAAAAAUUCAAGUUUCUUGUCCAACAAUUAUCGUAGAUAAUGAUCCACCAAUAAUGACAUCUUUUGACUUUUCACCAAAAAUCAUUGAUACUGGAAGACAAAACAGAACAGUUCAAUUUGAGAUGGUUAUCAGUGAUAUAGGACCAGCUGGUUUAUCAUUAAGACAUACACCAAUAGUUAUAUUGACCUCGGAAAACUCAGAUACCGUUCAGGUUUCAAUGGAGCGUAAAAGAGACACACCCACUGGAACUUUAUUCCAAGGUUCCAUUCAAUUGAAGUAUGGUUUUGGAAUUAAUUUGCUUUUGGUUAGUGUUUAUGGUCUGGUUGACAAUUUCAAAAACUAUGGUGCCUACCAUACAUACGAUUUAAGAAAUUCUAGCAAUGCUUGGCCUUACUAUAUAAACAUAUCGCGUAGCUAUGAUGAACCGAUUUUAGAGAAAUCAUUGAAACUAUCGAACCAAGGAGGAGAGUUGAUUGUAUUUGGAAAAAAUUUCGGUUUGAACAGCACCGGAUUUUCAACUAAAAUCAACUAUCAAGAUGGAAAAGGAUAUGUCAAUACUGGAAUUGAUGUACACACUGGUAUCAUGCCGAUUUACGCAAAUAAUAUCACUCUCAUUGUCACAAAGAAUGGAAUCGAUUCCAAUGAACUGUUAAUUCCAGUUGUUUAUGACGGUGCCUUACCUCCAAAACCAACAGACACACCGAAUCCAACAAAUACACCAAACCCCACUACAACACCAAGCCAGAAAUGUCCAGGAACACCAACAGAAUGUAAUAACAAUGGUAGAUGCAUCAAUUCUACUUGUCAGUGCUUUAAUCCAUGGUAUGGUCCAUCCUGUUCAUCUAAAACUAUUAUUACACCAAUUCCACCAGCUUAUCCAGAUCCUUUGACAGGUACAAAUAUCACAGAGUCUGGAAGUUUGAUUACAUCAUCGAUUGAAAUCGUUGGAGUAAGAGAAUUGGAUGCCACAAUGAAUGUAGUUCAGUCAUUCAAUAUCAGCAAAUGGAAUUUCACAGAUCUUACAACAGCUUCUACCAAUCCAAAAUAUUAUUACUCAACGAUUCUCGAGCAACGAUCAACCUUUUUGAAUGUAUCGAUUGAAUACUUUAAGCAAUCUGCAAACAUCACAUUUGCAGAUGAACAACUUGACAUUCCGGCAUCGUCAAUCAAAUUCUCAAUGAAUAUGAGUUCCUAUCAAUUCAAAGAGCAGACCAAUCUCAUUCAAAUCAUGAUGAGAUCAUCUAUUCAAUCCAAUAACUCUAAAGUCUGCUCAUCAACUGGUGUUGGAGUUAUCGAUAAAUCAGUGCAAUGGAUUAAAUUAAAUAUCGAUCAAAACAGUCUUUAUGGAAGAUUCCUCUCGAAGGGUGUAAGGGAUGGUAGAGUCAGUGUCAUCCAGAAUGUAAUUAUAGAAGAUAAUGAAUCUGAACAAACCAAACAGAUGAGAUCGGUCAUUGUUGGAAUUACAAGUACUGCAUUUGAUCAUUCACUUAGUUUGGAUCCAGAUUUCUCGAAUCUGAUUGAUGUAGGAUCAACCGACACCUCUGAUUUCAAAUGUUCAUCAAACAAGAAGCUAAGUAACGGUGCAAUUGCAGGAAUUGUCGUUGGUGGUGUAGUUUUCCUUUCAAUCGUAAUUGCAGCAGCUCUAUUAAUCAAGAAAAAAAAGAAAUUCAAACAACAAGAGAUGAAGAUGAAAAAUAGGUUAUCAGAUAUGAAUAAAGGUCUUUAA